AUGCCUCGCGAAGUCAAAGAUAUCAAAAGCUUUCUCCUGAUCGCUCACCGAAAAGAUGCGAAAGCUUGCCGGAUAAAAAAGUCAACUCGCACAACACCCAAGGGUGUUCCCACGAAGGUCACCAAGUUCAAAGUUCGAUGCUCCAAGUAUCUCUACACACUCGUUCUGACAGACCCUGAAAAAGCGGAGAAACUAAGAGCCUCCCUUCCUCCAAGUACGUCGAUUGCAUCUCGUGAUUGA